GAGUGUAUGACACAGUGUGGUGAAACCUCUCUCACAGAGCUCCCAUUAUAGUGCACUGUGAGAAUCUACAAGUUUGAACCUCUCCUCCAAAACAAAAAGGACACUCAAACUAUCAGAAUGCGUGAGUGCAUCUCCAUUCAUGUGGGCCAGGCCGGUGUCCAGAUGGGCAACACUUGCUGGGAGCUGUACUGCUUGGAGCACGGCAUUCAGCCUGACGGCCACAUGCAAAAAGACAAGCCCUCCGGAGGCUACGAUGACUCCUUCACCACCUUCUUCAGCGAGACUGGCAACGGGAAGUACGUGCCCAGGGCCAUCUUUGUUGACCUGGAGCCCACUGUGAUUGAUGAAGUUCGCUCAGGCACGUACCGACAGCUCUUUCACCCUGAGCAGCUGAUCUCAGGCAAAGAGGACGCCGCCAACAACUAUGCACGUGGUCACUACACUGUAGGAAAAGAGCACAUCGACAAUGUUCUGCACAGGAUCCGCAAACUGGCUGACCAGUGCACAGGUCUCCAAGGUUUCCUAGUCUUUCACUCCUUUGGGGGAGGAACUGGCUCUGGCUUCACCUCUCUGUUGAUGGAGCGCCUCUCAGUGGAUUUUGGCAAGAAGUCCAAGCUGGAGUUUGCCAUCUACCCAGCUCCUCAGGUGUCCACUGCCGUGGUGGAGCCCUACAACUCCAUCCUGACCACCCACACCACGCUGGAGCACUCUGACUGCGCCUUCAUGGUGGACAAUGAGGCCAUCUACGACAUCUGCCGCAGGAACCUGGACAUCGAGCGUCCCACCUACACCAAUCUAAAUCGCCUCAUCAGCCAGAUUGUGUCCUCCAUCACCGCCUCCCUGCGCUUUGACGGCGCCCUGAACGUGGACCUGACCGAGUUCCAGACCAACCUGGUGCCUUACCCUCGAAUUCACUUCCCUCUGGCCACCUAUGCUCCAGUUAUCUCAGCAGAAAAGGCCUAUCAUGAGCAGCUCACCGUGUCUGAGAUCACCAACGCCUGCUUUGAGCCAGCCAAUCAGAUGGUGAAAUGCGACCCCCGUCACGGAAAGUACAUGGCCUGUUGCCUUUUAUAUCGUGGAGACGUGGUGCCCAAAGACGUCAAUGAUGCCAUCGCCACCAUCAAGACCAAGCGCAGCAUCCAGUUUGUGGACUGGUGUCCCACUGGCUUCAAGGUGGGCAUCAACUACCAGCCACCCACCGUGGUUCCUGGAGGUGACCUGGCCAAAGUGCAGAGGGCCGUGUGCAUGCUGAGCAACACCACUGCCAUCGCCGAGGCCUGGGCUCGACUCGACCAUAAGUUUGACCUGAUGUACGCCAAGAGAGCCUUCGUCCACUGGUACGUCGGAGAGGGAAUGGAGGAGGGAGAGUUCUCAGAGGCCAGAGAAGACAUGGCUGCCCUGGAGAAGGAUUACGAAGAGGUCGGCAUCGACUCAUGUGAGGACGAUGAAGAGGGCGAGGAGUAUUAAACCAGAGGCAGAGAUGGGUUUAAGAAAUUCACCCAGAUUAUAAUGUCCAGAAUCUAUUUUAAUUUCCAAGAGUUGUCUAAGAAUUUCAUAGUGUUUGGUCAUUUUGAAAUUGUUUUGCAGUAAAAGAGAAUGUAUGUUUACCUUCUUUUUUUUUUUUAAAUAAAGCUACUUCUGUUAUUCAUCA